CGUGAAGUAUACUCAUUGUUUUUUGUCCACACAGCUGUAGCAGCGUUCGCUUGGCAUCGCAUCGCUUGUGGCUGCUGCUACUCCUCCACUAUUUUCCACAAGAUAGUGAUUUGAAUGGCUGAAAAAAGUAAAUUUUGGAGCGAAAAGUUUUAUUAUUUAUAGGGUUUCAGUUCGGGAGAACUUGGGGAAUUGAGGAGGUGGAGAAGGGAGCUGAUGGGGAACUGUUUGAAGUUCUUAUCACGGAUCGACAGUUCUCGUAUUUCGCACAACCCUAAUGCAUGUUCAACUCCUUCAACUCUGAUCAGACCCACUUACACUGAAAAGAGAGCUUCUGAAAGCCUUCCCAUUCCUCAACCUGAUGUUGCCAUAUUUCCAUUCCCAAAUCUGAAGGCCUUCAGCUUCAGUGAACUGAAAAACGCAACCAGAAACUUCAGAUCUGAGAGUCUAAUUGGGGAAGGAGGGUUUGGGUAUGUCUUCAAGGGGUGGAUCGACGAGCUAAGCUUCUGUGCUGCGAGGCCGGGAUACGGAAUGGUUGUUGCAGUUAAGAAGCUGAAGCCUGAGGGUUUUCAGGGCCACAGGGAAUGGUUGGCAGAGGUUAAUUAUCUUGGUCAGCUGCAUCAUCCAAAUUUGGUUAAGCUUAUUGGCUAUUGUUCUGAGGGUGAUGACCGUCUUUUGGUUUAUGAAUUUAUGCCAAAAGGAAGCUUGGAAAAUCAUCUUUUUCGACGGGGUCCUCAACCUCUUUCUUGGGAAACAAGGGUAAAAAUUGCAAUUGGAGCAGCAAGGGGGCUUUCAUUUCUACAUGAUGCAGAGUGUCAGGUCAUCUAUAGAGAUGUCAAGGCAUCUAACAUCCUUCUUGACUCGGAUUUCAAUGCAAAACUUUCCGAUUUUGGCUUGGCAAAAGCUGGUCCGACGGGUGAUAAGACUCAUGUUUCGACCCGAAUCAUGGGCACGCAGGGAUAUGCUGCCCCGGAAUACAUUGCAACAGGCCGUUUGUCUGUAAAAGCUGAUGUAUACAGCUUUGGAGUUGUGUUGCUUGAGCUUCUCUCUGGUCGUCGCGCCAUAGAUAGAAGAAAGCCAAGCAUGGAGCAAAACCUUGUCAAGUGGGCGAAACCAUAUCUCACCAAAAAGAGAACUUUGUUCCUAAUAAUGGACCCCAAGCUGGAGGGCAGAUAUCCCAAAAAAUCGGCUGACUUAGUUGCCUCUAUAGCCUUACAGUGCCUCAACGAUGAUGGGAAGCUUCGUCCACGCAUGCGCGAGGUUUUAAAAGGGUUAGAAAAAUUGCAAGAUACGAAGAAUUCGAUGACGUUAAAGCAGUUCGAACCGGCGAAGGUUCCCAACCCUGUGAGGUCUCCAAAGAGGCACAAUCCUCGCUAUUCUUUGGCACCUUACCAAGAUCUACCUCCAGUUUGUAAUCACAAGGCAAAAUCUUAAAUUUGCUCAUUAUAAUCUACAAUUGUGUUCAUACUUUAUAUAGAGUAUGAAAAAAUUGACAUUUAUUGUUAAUUUCAUGUACAGUAGUGAUGUUUGCAGUUGUUAUAUGAGUGGUUAUAAGAGGAAAAAAAAAACCUAUGGUUCCAGAUUCUGCAUGUGUACUUCCAACUGGAUUUAUGUUUCUUUGGUGUGUGAUAUAGGAUGGCAUCUUAAACUGAAUUAGACCUGAAUAAAGUUAAGUUUAGUAUUCUUAAGUUUAUGUUGUAACUUGUAAGGGAUUGUUAGAUUCCAUGAUACUGGUUGGUUUGUAUGGAAAAUGCUUUUUUAGUUUUGUAGCUUGUUUGAUGCUUUUUAGAUUUAAUGAA